AACCACAAUAACCACCAUACCCUCAUCCACUAUUUCUCUCUAUGUCAUCUAUGAAUUGGCCACCACCACAAAAUCAAUACACAUAGGCCCAAUUUCUCUCGGUUGAAGGCCCCUGCUCGAUGCGUCGACUUAGCUACCUAAGAAGCGGGGGUACUGUUGACGAGGUUAAGAGGGCGUCACCCUGUUCGAUUUCGAGGAUUUGUUCGGGUUCUGCCCCAGGCGCAUGCUGUGAACCAGCAACCACCACCACGAAGAGUUGAGGGGCUAUGGUUCCCACACAAACACAGAGUCCCACCAUCCCACCCCACCCAAACAGAUGUAUAAACGCCUUUUUUCUAUUAUUUAAGUAACGGAGUAGCAAUGGGAAUCAUAAAGGACGGAUCAAUUUCGGGAUUCCUACCUAGCAAUAAGGUGUUUGCAAUUCACUAUCCUGCCUACCCUUCGUCUAUGGCAUGCGCUAUUGAGACUCUCGAUGGAGCUGAAGGCAUUGUCAAGGCUCGUAGUUCGCAGUCAAACAAGUUGGAGCUCCAUUUCCGACCUGAAGAUCCAUAUUCACACCCUGCCUUUGGGGAGCUUCAGCCUUGUAAUCAUUAUUUGUUGAAAAUAUCAACUCAGAAAAUUCAGGAUGACGAAAAUGCUGAGAACUCCAACAGGCUCUCAAAGGCUUUGUCAGUGGACCAGAUUAAUGUUGAGCAAGAGGACUGCUGCCCCGAUUUAACUGAAACUAUGCAAGAAGUACGUCAAGCUGAUAGUGAUUCAAUUCCUGCUUCUUCAGAAGUCAAAAUGCAGAUACCUGAAGUAGUGCAAGAAAAUCUUUCUGCUGAUAUUAUUGCUAGAGUGUCGGAAGCUUAUCAUUUUAAUGGAAUGGUAGAUUACCAACAUGUUAUUUCUGUUCAUGCUGAUUUUGCCCGAAGAAAGAAGAGAAAUUGGGCUGAAGUGGAACCACUCUUUGAGAAGGGUAGGCUCAUGGACGUGGAUCAGGAGGAUUUGAUGAUUUUAGUGCCACCCCUAUUCUCACCAAAGGAUGUGCCAGAGAAAGUAGUGACAAGUGACGGAGAACACUUUCAUACAAUUGAAGUUACCAGAAGAGAAGUUGUGCAGCAGGAAUAGGAUAUUAUGUGGUCUGCAAAGCAACCUUUCUAGGUUAAAACCAUUAGUCGAUCUUAACUUGAAAAAGUUACAAGAGGGAGUUGUGCAACAGCAUUGGGAGCUGGAUAUAGAGCCAAGUCUUGCAAUUGACUUCAACAUCAAAGA